GCCACGCAAUCCAUUUUAAAGUACCCUGUAACCCUCUGUUUGAACUAAAUGGCUUUAGUGGUGGGAGUGAAGAAGUGUCCUGACUAGUUGCGCUGAUGGGCGGUAUCCAGCAGCGCUUAUCGGAAGUUCAAGAUACGAUGUAUGCUAUACUGGAGCUCUACAGAAGAAUGUAGCUUGAUAUCAGAACAAUAUCUGACAAUCCAUUGAUCUUUUCAUGAUGAGUACCCCUAUAUACCUGAUCAAUCAGACACGGGAGUCCAAGUACAAGCAUGUACUUUUGCUGAAUGUAGCUUAUGAGUUCAGCAUGACAUCACAAGCCAUACACAUGACUCUCAGCAGUGAUAGAGAGCAACAGAAAAGAAUUUCUGGUUCUAACCCAUCUAUCAUCUUCAGCCCCAAGUUCAAUACAAGCCAUGCUCUCACGAUCCUUGAAGCUCAGCAGAUCGCUGCCUCUAGUGCGCCCAGUGCUUCCGUGCACUAGCCGUCGCUUUUUUGCCCAAGUCUCCGAUGUGAGAAUUCCUACGGAAGAUGACAGACCCUUCGAAGUCCCAUUACCAGAAGACAGUUUUGAAACAUAUCACCUCGACCCACCGCCGUACACGAUCGAAACGACGAAAAACCAACUCAAAAAACUAUACUACGAUAUGAAUGUGAUAAGACGAAUGGAAAUCGCUGCUGACAGUUUAUACAAAGAGCGAAAAAUCAGAGGAUUCUGUCACCUUUCAACAGGACAAGAAGGAGUGGCAGUUGGAAUUGAGCAUGGGAUUACCAGAGACGAUAAACUGAUCACAGCGUAUCGCUCCCAUGGCUUUACGUUGAUGCGCGGAGGCACCAUCAAGUCCAUCAUCGGUGAGCUUCUUGGGCGACAAGGCGGUAUAUCAUAUGGAAAAGGAGGCUCGAUGCAUAUGUUCUGUAAGAACUUCUUCGGAGGAAAUGGAAUUGUCGGCGCUAGUGUGCCUGUCGGUACUGGUAUUGCUUUUGCGCAGCAGUAUGAUGAGAAUCCGACUAUUACCUUUAAUCUUUUUGGAGACGGGGCGGCAAAUCAGGGCCAGGUGCACGAAUCAUAUAACAUGGCCAAGCUUUGGGAAUUGCCCGUGAUUUUUGGAUGCGAGAACAACAAGUAUGGGAUGGGAACGUCGGUUGAGAGAGCAUCAGCAAUGACCGAAUACUACAAGCGCGGACAAUACAUCCCCGGUCUCCGGAUCAACGCGAUGGAUGUACUAGCCGUCCUGGCAUCCACAAGAUUUGCCAAAGACUAUGUGCAAUCCGGCAAAGGACCGCUAGUAUACGAGUACCUCACCUACCGGUACGCAGGACAUUCAAUGUCCGAUCCAGGAAUCGCAUAUAGGACCCGAGAGGAGCUGCAAGCGCAUCGAGCGAAUGACCCAAUUACUAACUUCCGAGAGAAAUUGAUUGAGUGGGGUGUUCUUACCGAAGACGAAGCGAAAGCUGUUGACAAAGACGUCCGUAGCAUGAUCAACCAAGAGGUACAAAACGCUCUUAACAUGCCUGAUCCCCCGAACACCUUCGAUGUGCUAUAUCAGGACAUUUAUGUCCGUGGUAGUGAGCCUCGACAGAGGCGCGGAAGAACCGUGGAUGAGACAUAUUAUCAAGGAUAGAUCGAAACCUUCUCCCAUGUAAUGCUGUGGACAAUUUAAUAUCAUGAUGACCAUAAGCCAUAACAAUACAUUUAAAG